AAUAAGAAGUGUUUCCCAGGAGAAGGGGUGGAGCCUCGCCCUCCUAUUCCCGCCCCUCCCCACAUUGUGCCAGGGAGUCAACACGCAUGCUCCGUUCCUCCGUUCCUCCCUAGUCUCAAAGGUUGGGGAGGCGGGGGACAGAAGGGGUGGGAAUGGGAGGCGGGGAAAGCCGCGCGCUCGCGCACGCGCAUGCUCACUGCGUUCCCCUCGUUGGGCGCUGACUCACGGUUGACGCUCGCUCGCUACUGCUCUAGUAGCUAAUCGGUCUGCGAGUAGCUUGCUCCACGCGGGUCUGUGGCCGUGGUCACCAUGAAUUGCGAGAACUUCGCGGCGGGCGAGCGGUUGGUGUCCCCGGCCUACGUGCGGCAGGGCUGUGAGGCCCGUCGCUCCCACGAACACCUCAUACGGCUCCUGCUGGAGAAGGGUAAAUGUCCAGAAGAUGGUUGGGAUGAGAGUACUAUUGAGCUGUUUCUCCAUGAACUUGCCAUUAUGGAUAGUAACAAUUUCCUGGGCAACUGUGGUGUGGGAGAAAGGGAAGGUAGAGUAGCAUCUGGGUUAGUUGCCCGAAGACAUUACAGGUUCAUUCAUGGAAUUGGAAGAUCAGGUGAUAUUGCUGCUGUGCAACCCAAAGCUGCAGGUUCUAGCCUUUUGAACAAAAUAGCCAAUUUAUUAGUUCUGGACAUCAUAAGACUGGCUGGUGUUCGUUCAGUGGCUGACUGCUUUGUUGUUCCAGUGGCAACUGGUAUGAGUCUAACAUUGUGUUUCUUGACUCUACGACACAAGAGACCAAAGGCAAAAUAUAUUAUUUGGCCACGGAUAGAUCAAAAGUCCUGCUUUAAAUCCAUGAUCAUUGCAGGUUUUGAGCCUGUGGUGAUAGAGAAUGUGUUAGAAGGUGAUGAGCUACGCACAGACCUGAAGGGAGUGGAAGCUAAAAUCAGGGAGCUUGGGGCUGAUAACAUUCUGUGUGUUCAUUCUACUACAUCCUGUUUUGCUCCAAGGGUGCCUGAUAGAUUGGAAGAACUGUCUGUGAUUUGUGCUAAUUAUGAUAUUCCACAUAUAAUCAACAAUGCAUAUGGAGUACAGUCUUCAAAGUGUAUGCAUCUCAUACAACAGGGUGCUCGAGUAGGUAGAAUAGAUGCCUUCAUUCAGAGCUUGGACAAAAAUUUUAUGGUUCCAGUAGGUGGUGCUAUCAUUGCUGGCUUCAGUGCUUCCUUCAUUCAAGAAAUCAGCAAGAUGUAUCCAGGAAGAGCCUCAGCUUCCCCAUCUUUAGAUAUUGUUAUUACCUUACUAUCACUGGGAUCAAAUGGCUAUAAGAAGCUUUUAAAAGAAAGAAAGGAAAUGUUUUCGUAUUUAUCCACUGAAGUAAAAAAACUAUCAGAACUCUACAAUGAAAGACUGUUGGAUACAUCUCAUAAUCCCAUAUCUCUAGCUAUGUCCCUUAAAACAUUGGAUGAGCAUUCUGACAAAGCUGUCACACAACUUGGAUCUAUGCUUUUUACUAGACAAGUGUCUGGAGCCAGGGUUGUGCCUCUGGGGAUUCUGCAGACUGUGAAUGGCUACACUUUCAAAGGCUUUAUGUCACAUGCAAAUAACUAUCCUUGUCCUUACCUCAAUGCUGCAGCAACAGUUGGAAUUAAAAAACAAGAUGUAGAAUUGUUCAUAAAAAGGCUCGAUAAAUGCUUGAAGUCAGUGGGGAAAGAAAGAAGCAAAGAGAGUGAUGGUGAUAGUGCAGUUAAUAAUUGUAACAUCACUGAAGAUGUGAAUAUUCAAGAAAUGGCCUUAAAUCUGGAUAAUGUAGUUGUUCUUGAUGAAUGCAAAGAAGUUUAUUCCUGACAUUUGCAGUGUUUCCAUUUAUAGUUUGAAAUAAAUUUUUGAAGAUAACUGCAAUGAAUAAUAAUUUAUAAUUUUUUAAAAUUAAUAAUUCCUUUGAAAAUGUUUAGUUAAUGAACUUGAAUAGAGAGUGAAUUGAGUUAGCAAAUGAUUAUUAUCUUUUGAUUCUUGGGCUGUUUCAUAAUUAUGCCUCAAUCUUUAUAAUCUUCCACAGAAUAAAAUACACUUAACAUUUUUCUAACUGAAAAGUAGUCAGCUAUGCACUUUUAUUCAAGUAGUCCUUACUAAUACAAUGAUAAUAAAAUUGCCUAUAAUUCUCUUUGAAAUAUUUGAGCUGUUUUUUUCCUGACUGUGCUUCCUCAUUUGCACAUUAUAUAUGUCCUAAGUUUGUCCUGUUGUGUAGUUCAUAUUUUGGUUGAUAAAUAGGCAUAUCCUAAGGAAGGUCGAUUAAAAACACACCCGUUAGUUUGUUUUAAACAGUUUUUCAAGAAAUGGUGAAUUUUUCAAAUUUUCUAUAGUGACUUCAGUUAUCUAGUUAUACUUUUUAAUGAAAUACUUCCCUGUGGGUUCACAAUGUGAUGGAGUUACGAGAGUACCAGACUGAGAAUUAGGCCUGUAUUUUCAUACCAAAUUUGUCAUUAUCUGAUUGUAUAUCCUUGAGCAAGUCAGUUACUUCUGGGGUUCAGUUUCCUUCCUGUAAAAUUAAAGGAUUGAUAGGGAUAAAGGAUUGAUCCCUUUCUGCUCUAAAAUUCUUUGAUCCCAGAUUCCUCAAACAAAUACCCUGUAUUUUGGCAUAUGAGAAGCAUGAGAGAUGGUCAAGAUUAAUAAUUCCAAAACUGCAUUUUUAUUAAAGCAAAUUUUAAAAUGCACAUGUCCAUGCUUUUCUUUAAGCUCAUAAUAUUUGAUCUUUUGAAUCUAUCUACUAUAAGGUAACAUGUUUACAUAAUCUUUGGGGGGCAGCCAACACUAGGAUUGAUUAACUUAAGCAUAUUUGGACAUGUGCAUCUGCUAGGAUAGAAAAUGAUAGUGUGAAAAUAGUUGCUUCUCAUGAAGUAUUCCUGAAAUUCCUUAACUGUGGUAUAUGUAAGGUAUUUGGCUUAUGUUCCACAUAGAUCAAAAUGUCAGAAAAACUCCCAAUUGAGAUCUGACUGUACCUUUGAUUUCACGAUUGAAUCUUUUUUGAUUGAUUUGGCAAAUUAAGUUUAUUUUAAAGAGAGAAUUUUCUGGUAUUUGGGCUUACAUGAAGCAUUAGUUAAACUUUCAGUCUGUUUUCAAAUGUUAGCUACAACUUAUACAAGUUCCACUAAAUAUGAAAGGAAUACUUUAUAAACAAAUGUAAUAAUGUUUUAAAAAUCUUAUCUGCCCCCAAACUCUUAAUUAGGAAAUUUUAUAUUCUAAGCAUCACAUUCAUACCUGUGUUUUCGUUGUAAGUUAUCUUUUAAAUAUAAACAACAUUUUAAAAAUUAAAUUUACUUUUGAAAUUUUGACUCAUUUCACAUAAAUAUUCAUGAAUAAAAACGUUGUGCAAUGGUCAUGUCAGGUUUUUUUUUUUGAUUUUUACUGUUUGAAAUGGGAUUGUAGGACAAAUAAAAAGCCAACCAGAUGUAACAAAAUCUCUAGAGCCUAGGAAAGUAAAUUAAGUAAUGAUGCAAAUGUAAAUGCUGGCAUUGCAGCUUAAUAUACACGUCAGCCAAAAUUGUUUUGUAGAAGAAGUCAUCUAUAUUGUGUGAUCAUCAUUUAGCUUAAGAAAGGGUAGAGCCCAGAGACUAGCAAAUGUUUUCAUCUGUGAUAUAUCAGCAGUUCUUGGGCUUCAGCCGCUGAGUAGAUAAUAAUACUAAUUGAAGAUAAAUUACAUGAAUCCACAUAUAAAUGAUAGAUAUGGUAUAACAUUUCUGUUCUUAGUGUAUAAAAUUUGAGCUGCUAUUUUUAUUAAUGCUUUUUAAAGAAGUUUUACAUUUCUGGUUUAAAUUCUUAUUAGCCCUAAAACAGGUUUGUAAUCACAAAAAUAAAAAGUAUUUUGAGCAUGUGCCUAACCCCAAAAUAUACAACAUAAAUGUAUGCAACACAUAACGUAUUCACUAACAUGUUCAUAUAUUGUAUAUUGUUAAUAACAGUAUACCUAUAAUAUAACAUGUUCAUGAACAUGGGGUCACAUAUUGUAUGUUGUUAAUGGCAAAUUCUUUCUAUGGCUGAAUUCAUAAUUCAGUUGAAUUAUAUAUAAAUUCCAGCAGAGGUAUUUCUCAUCCCUGCAUAGGAAGGAUUCUUAAGUCACAGUAAAUCCAAUAGCCUAGGCUAAAGUAAUUUAAUUUUAAAAAAAUAAACAGUAGUGGAAUAUCCUUGAAGAGAAAACUGAAUUAAAACCAAAUAUUGGUUUUAAUAUAAUUUUAACAUAAUGUGCUUCUUACUACUGUAUUUGUACAUUUUAAUGUAUUUGAGAUCAGGUUUUUAUUUACAUUUAGCUCUUUUAGCCUCAUGCUAAUGAUUUUUUUGGUUACCAGUGGAGAAAGCAGCACCAAAAGGAACCCAGUAUCAGUAGCUGUAAUUUUUAAAGAUUUAAUUUUAUUUGUUGAUUAUCUUAUUAAGUAAUUGAACAUAAACUAUUAUUUAGCAUAGUACCAUUUAUAUAUUAAAGAGCUUGAUGAUGAUUUGAAGUAAUAGAAAUUUUUAUUUCCAUCUCAGUUAAACUUAAGUAUAUUUUUCAUUAAAUUAUUGACCCAUAUAACUGAUAAUUUUCUAAGGCACAUUUUAUUUAACUGCACAUAACAUGGUAUGCUAUUCAUGCUUAACUUAUGGUAGUACAAAAUUAAAAAAUAAAUUCUAGUGUUUGUGUCAUGCUAUUAAGUCUUUUGAGUUUAGUAACAUUUAAAAUUCAGGUAAAAUUCGGCAUUAGUGUUGAUUUUAUUUUGAUAUUCAAAAACUUAUUCUCAUAGUUAGAACUAUUACACAUCCAUUCCAGGAACUCCUAAAGGAGUUAGUCACUAUGCACAUAAACUUGGAUAAAAAUAGUUUUGGUCAGCUUCCCAUGUAAUAAAAAUUUCUUUGAGGACUUGAAAUGGUUAUCUUUUUUUUUUUUUUUUACUUAAUUGACUUUUUAAAAAUAGCAAAUUUUCAGUAGCAUUGAAGUUUGAGUAUCAGAAGUGUUAUAAUGUUUAAGAAAAUGCAAAUAGUUUUUCUGAAAAAGGUAUUCAUACUUUUAACAGACACAAACUGAAAACUGUUUGUAAUUAUAAUAAACAAUAUUUUCCCGUAGUCCAACACAUUCUAUUAAUUUUUAUUUGCAUACUUAGUCCUUUGUAUGAUAAAGAAUUAUAACCAUGUCCUUUUGUACCCUAACUUUGUUAUUGUGCUCUUUUUGACUUUUUUGGAUGCCACAUGACAAAUGCAAGAUCAAUAAGCUUAUUUUUGUAAUUUCUCACCUAGUGUACAUUGUUCAAUCUCAGGCCAUACAAGAAUUCCAGGAAUGUUUGUACUCUUUUAUUGCUAGCAGGUUGUGUUGGCUUUAAUCUUAACUAAGAUAUGAAUUGUCUAUUUUUGUAGACUGAGUUUUUUGUUUUAUCAUUGUAAUGGGAAACUGAUACCAGUGAAUGACAACUAAUCAUUGAUCUACUUGUUUUGCUGAAUGAAAUAGUUGUUUCCAGAAAUAAUUUUGGUGUUUGAUGUUAAAAAUGAAAAAAACAUACAUUUAUAAUUUUUUUUAAAAAAAAUCAUCAAAUACUAGUGAGUUGUAUUUUAUUUUGUCCCAUGUGCAAAUAAAAUCUGAAAAGAUCUCUAAUUAUCAUAA